AUGGCUCAGUGCCACCUUUAUAAGCUCCCUAAUGAGCUGCUUUUGCACUUGCUUGUGCUAAUACCAACGCCUGAGCUGCUCCCUCUGACACUCAUCUCCCGUCGUAUCUACAAUGUCGUCCUCCGAAUAUUGCACAAUCGUCUGGUUGCUGCGGCUGAACUCGACUCGCAUUCGCUGCUGCUCGAGUGUUAUCAUCCCUCUGCAAAGCUUACAGAACCUCCCUACUUCUGCACAUAUCAAGGCACCGAUGGCCUAGCGCCAUACGAAAACCUUGCCGAGUCUGGUCACGCUGUCACUGCUAGAUUAGGGGAGAUGCGCCAGAUGUAUUCCCGGUUUCGACCACAUCGACGAGAGCUUGAGGACGGAGGGCGCAGGGUCAUCCGCCGACCUGGCGAUAUACCUGGAAGCCGCACAUACCCUGGCACGGCUCAUGACAAGUACAAAGGCGAGCUCGUCAGGCAGACCGUCAAUUUAGAGGCACAUGAGCUGUUUACACAGCUGGUGGCGCAAACUAAUUUGGUCAAGAUUAGACCUUACAACGGCCUCUUCAGCGCUUUCGUUGAGGUCGAAGAAGGUGUCUUGAGGGUUUGGAGGGAAUGGCUCGGCAAGACCGCAGCCAGAGGUAGCACGCCUGGUGCCGAUAUACAACAAGAGAUCGUGGAAGAAGUAGGCAAGGAGAAAGAAGUUGUGCGUGAGGUUGCAGGGGAGAAGUUCGACCUUGACGAUCAACGCAUAUUGUGGGUUAGCACAGCGAAGAACAUAGGAAUACGUUUCAAUGUGAAGGAAAGGCAACUGCGAAAAGACGCUCCGAUUCUUAUCAGGAAUGAUGAAGAUCUGCCAGUCAGCUACGAUAUUGAAUACGAUGAGCUCCUGAUACGCACGUCGCAUCUCCUACUCAUACUUGAGAAGUCCAUGGUACAGGAAGACAAUUCGUCUGGCAAGGCUGUCGUAUUCAGCUCUUUUGGAUAG